GCGAGCGGCUGUCGCUGAAGCGCGUGGUCUGGGCUCUGUGCUUCCUGGGCUCGCUGGCGCUGCUCGCCCUCGUCUGCACCAACCGCAUCCAGUACUACUUCCUCUACCCCCACGUCACCAAGCUGGACGAGGUGGCAGCCACCAGGCUCACCUUCCCCGCCGUCACCUUCUGCAACCUCAACGAGUUUCGUUUCAGCCGGGUGACCAAGAAUGACCUGUACCACGCCGGCGAGCUCCUCGCCCUGCUCAAUAACAGAUAUGAGAUCCCAGACACCCAGACCGCCGACGAAAAGCAGCUGGAAAUCCUGCAGGACAAGGCGAACUUCCGAAACUUCAAGCCCAAACCUUUUAACAUGCUGGAGUUUUAUGACCGGGCUGGCCACGACAUCCGGGAGAUGCUGCUGUCCUGCUUCUUCCGUGGGGAGCAAUGCACCCCCGAAGACUUCAAAGUGGUCUUCACCCGCUAUGGGAAGUGCUACACCUUCAAUGCGGGGCAGGACGGGAAGCCCCGGCUCAUCACCAUGAAGGGGGGCACCGGCAAUGGCCUGGAGAUCAUGCUGGACAUUCAGCAGGACGAGUACCUGCCAGUGUGGGGGGAAACAGACGAGACCUCGUUCGAAGCCGGGAUCAAGGUGCAGAUCCACAGCCAGGACGAGCCCCCGCUGAUUGACCAGCUGGGCUUCGGAGUGGCUCCCGGCUUCCAGACCUUCGUGUCCUGCCAGGAGCAGCGGCUCAUCUACCUGCCGCCUCCCUGGGGCGACUGCAAGGCCGUGGCAGGCGACUCGGAGUUUUACGACACCUACAGCAUCACUGCCUGCCGCAUCGACUGCGAGACCCGCUACCUGGUGGAGAACUGCAACUGCCGCAUGGUGCACAUGCCGGGCGAUGCCCCUUACUGCACCCCGGAGCAGUACAAGGAGUGUGCGGAUCCAGCCUUAGAUUUCCUGGUGGAGAAGGACAAUGAGUACUGCGUCUGCGAGAUGCCCUGCAACGUGACCCGCUACGGCAAAGAGCUCUCCAUGGUGAAGAUCCCCAGCAAGGCCUCUGCCAAGUACUUGGCCAAGAAGUACAACAAGUCGGAGCAGUACAUUGGGGAGAACAUCCUGGUGCUGGAUAUCUUCUUUGAAGCCCUGAACUACGAGACAAUCGAGCAGAAGAAGGCGUACGAGGUGGCUGGCUUGCUGGGUGACAUUGGAGGGCAGAUGGGGCUGUUCAUUGGGGCCAGUAUCCUCACAGUACUGGAGCUGUUCGACUACGCCUACGAGGUGAUAAAGCACCGGCUGUGCCGGCGGGGCAAGUGCCGCAAGAACCACAAGAGGAACAACACGGACAAGGGCGUCGCGCUGAGCAUGGACGACGUGAAACGCCAUAAUCCCUGUGAAAGCAUACGGGGCCACCCGGCAGGCAUGACGUACGCAGCCAACAUCCUACCUCAUCACCCAGCCCGGGGCACCUUUGAGGACUUCACCUGCUAA